CUGCGGGUGAUCUUACCCUGUGCAGUGUUGAGUUUUGUGUUCGGACCUACUGCGGAGCGGAGACGAGACGGGGUGUUGUAAAGUGUGUGUUAUUCGGAAUGAGGGGGGUCUGUGUGCAGCAACAGGCCGGGCCAUCUGCUGAGUGACGUGGGCGGUCUGAGGGUCUCCCCGGCCCCACGCUAAAGCUGCUUCUCAGAAAUGGACGACACCGUGGAGAGUUUGGACACUCGGGAGCUGGACAUCGGAGACUAUGCGGAGGAAGUGGACUGUGAAUCCGGAGAAACAAACCAUGCAGGCGAGUUACGCAUCCCGUUCUCGGCGGUGUACAGCAUGGUGGGCUUUAAAGAGACGGACCCUCAAGUGUUCCUCAGAUCCACUCCCAUCACCGCCAAAAUACUGGAGGUGGAGCGCUUCAUCAGAGCGAAGGACCGCUUCAACACCUCCAACCAGAGGAGCGUGUCCAGGGCCAUGCCGGUGGUGUUCAGGAUCGAGAUGAGGCACGGGAACUUCACCUGGGUGGUGAAGAGGAAGGAGAAGCACUUUGUGGAGUUGCACAGGGAGCUGCUGCGCUACAAAACCUUCAUGAGGAUCCCGCUGCCCACACGCAGUCACACAGUUCGGAGGAAGAGUAUGAAUCAGAGUGAGGCGAGGCAGAUGCCCAGUUUGCCACGCGGGGCCAGAGACGAGUUAGCCCGAGAGGAGCAGGUGUCCAGCAGAAGGAAACAGCUGGAGGACUAUCUGAACAAGCUGCUGAGGAUGGGGAUGUACCGAAAGUACCAUGCGACCAUGGAGUUUAUUGACGUGAGCCAGAUGUCUUUCAUCCAUGAUUUGGGUCCAAAAGGCUUGGAGGGUAUGAUAUAUAAAAGGUCAGGAGGUCACCGGAUCCCUGGCAUGAACUGCUGUGGACACAGCCAGAUCUGCUACCGCUGGUCUAAGAGGUGGUUGGUAGUGAAAGAUUCUUUCCUGAUGUACCUGAAACCGGACACAGGAGCCGUUUCGUUCGUGCUUCUGGUGGACAAAGAGUUCACCAUAAAAAUGGACUCCAAGCACACAGAGACGAAGCACGGAGUGAGGAUAGACAGUCUGUCCAGGACACUGGUCCUGAAGUGUAACAGUUACAGACACGCCCGCUGGUGGGGGCAGGCCAUCGAGGAGUUCGUCCGGAAACACGGGAAGGCUUUCCUGAGAACCCACCGCUUUGACUCCUUCGCCAAAGAACAGGAAAAUAUACCUGCCAAAUGGUAUGUGAAUGGUAAAACCUACAUGGAGGACGUAGCGAACGCUCUGGAGGCGGCUAAAGAGGAAAUCUUCAUCACAGACUGGUGGUUGAGUCCGGAGAUCUUCCUGAAGAGGCCGGUGGUCGAGGGAAACCGCUGGAGACUCGACUGCAUCCUCAAGCGCAAAGCACAACAAGGUGUGCGCAUCUUUGUAAUGCUGUAUAAAGAGGUGGAGCUGGCUCUGGGCAUCAACAGCGAAUACAGCAAGAGGACGCUGAUGCACCUUCACCCCAACAUCAAGGUGAUGAGGCACCCUGACCAUGUCUCCUCUUCAGUCUACCUUUGGGCUCACCAUGAGAAGAUUGUGGUGAUUGACCAGUCGGUGGCGUUUGUUGGUGGGAUUGACCUGGCGUACGGUCGCUGGGACGACCGCGAGCACCGGCUGACGGACGUGGGGAGCGUGACGCGCUCCGCUCAGAGCAUGGACCAGAUGGAUGGUUCUGUGAUUUCCAUGGUUAAAGGAAUUUCCUCCCUUAACGGCUCCUGCUCCGCGGAGCUGGUCGAUCUGCCCAAACUGAAGGGAGUCGGCCGGACGCGGAAGUCCCGGUUCAGCCUUUACCGUCACCUGCACCGACACGGCCUGCACCACGCCGACAGCGUCAGCAGCCUCGAGAGCUCGGACAGGGGCGGAUCAGUGCACAGCCUGCAGACGGGUGUCGGGGAGCUGAUGGGGAACACGCGCUUCUGGCACGGGAAAGAUUACUGCAACUUCGUCUACAAGGACUGGGUCCAGCUGGAGAAACCGUUCGACGAUUUCAUUGACAGGUACACAACUCCCAGAAUGCCCUGGCACGACAUCGCCUCAGUGGUUCAUGGGAAGGCUGCCAGAGACGUGGCCAGACACUUCAUCCAGCGCUGGAACUUCACCAAGAUCAUGAAGCCGAAGUACAGAUCUCUGUCGUAUCCUUACUUACUGCCCAAAUCUCACAGCACAGCCAGCGAACUCACUUACCAAGUGCCAGACUGCGUGCAGACCAGAGUCCAGGUAUUACGGUCUGCAGCAGAUUGGUCAGCAGGUAUAAAGUACCAUGAAGAGUCCAUCCACAACGCCUACAUCCAGGUCAUCGCCAAGAGCAAGCAUUUCAUCUACAUCGAGAACCAGUUUUUCAUCAGCUGCGCUGACAACAAGCAGGUUUUCAACAAAGUCGGAGACGCCAUUAUUGAGAGAAUCAUCAGAGCUCACAAAGAGAAUAAGAAGUUCCGUGUGUACGUGGUGACCCCCCUGCUGCCCGGGUUUGAGGGGGAUAUCUCCACCGGGGGGGGCAGCGCUCUGCAGGCCGUCAUGCACUUCAACUACAGGACCAUGAACAGAGGAGACAAGUCCAUCAUCUCCCAGUUAAAGAAAGAGAUGGGCGAUCAGUGGAUGAACUACAUCUCCUUCUGUGGGUUGCGGACUCACGCUGAGUUAGAGGGCCGUUUGGUUACGGAGCUGAUUUACGUCCACAGCAAGCUUCUCAUCGCCGAUGACAACACGGUCAUCAUCGGUUCAGCCAACAUCAAUGACCGCAGCAUGCUGGGAAAGAGGGACAGCGAAGUGGCCGUGAUCGUGGAGGACAUGCAGAUGGUUCCCUCAGUGAUGGACGGCCAGAAAUACCAGGCGGGAAAAUUUGCCCUGCAGUUCCGUCUGGAGUGCUUUAAAACCAUCCUCGGUGCCUUUACGGACCCCAGCAUAGAUGUGAGCGACCCCAUAAGUGACCGUUUCUAUAAGGAGGUUUGGAUGACCACUGCAGGACGCAAUGCCACCAUCUACGAGAAGGUGUUCCGCUGCCUGCCCUCCAGCCUGGUGAGGAACCUGCAGGAGCUGCUGAGCUUCCAGACUAAAGCCGGUCUGGAUAAGGAGGAUCCUGUGAAAGCUCAGGAAAGCCUGAAGAAGAUCAGAGGCUUCCUGGUUCAGUUCCCACUGGACUUCCUGAGCGAGCAGAACCUGCUGCCCUCCGUCGGCACCAAGGAGGCCAUGGUCCCCACCGAAAUCUGGACCUGAUUGAAACCUGUGUUGAAACCGUGGACGUAAACACUGAGUCCGUAUGAGGCGAACUGGCGCCCCCUGCUGGACGAGCUGUGGAGAAACUGCAUCUGAUGAACUGAAAUGAAGCGAAUCGUAUGAAGGCGGGCAGCUCACUGUGAAGUGCCUUAGGAGGGAUUUAACCACCUCCCUAUCAUUUCAUACCUGUGAUUAAAUUAUAUUUAUGUUGUCAGUAGCAGCACAUGCAGAAUUUUACAUCUUUACAUUUUUAAAAUAAACUGUAACAGUAAUACAGCAA